GCCUCUCCCAAUCUUCGUGUCCAAAAUCAGUGUCUCUCACACACCUCUGUCCUAAUUUGUCUGAUGGCUUUCCAAGACCCUAACCAUCCGCUUCAAGCUCAGCUUUGUAGCAAUGUUUUUGGGGCAUUGACGGGGUUAAUCCAGCCACCUUUAGCUGCUGGGCUAGGUGGGGGGCAGAAAUAUUAUUGCAAUAAUGGGGUACAGAUAGCUCCCCCCCAGCAACAGCAGACAACGCUUGGCAAUGCGAUGAUGGUGGACCCAGAACCAGAUCGACCCAUCGGUUAUGGUGCUUUUGGUGUGGUAUGGUCUGUGACAGACCCUCGGGAUGGGUCACGAGUUGCACUCAAAAAGAUGCCCAAUGUUUUCCAGAACUUGGUCUCUUGCAAACGGGUCUUCAGAGAAUUGAGAAUGCUCUGUUACUUCAAACAUGACAAUGUCCUCUCAGCACUGGAUAUCCUCCAACCUCCACAGAUUGACUGUUUUGAGGAAAUUUAUGUUAUCACUGAAUUGAUGCAAAGUGACCUUCACAAAGUCAUAGUUUCUCCGCAACCACUCAGCUCUGAUCAUAUCAAGGUCUUUUUGUAUCAGAUCCUCAGGGGGCUAAAAUAUUUGCACUCUGCUGGUGUCCUUCAUCGGGACAUCAAGCCUGGGAAUUUGCUGGUCAACAGCAACUGUGUCCUCAAGAUCUGUGAUUUUGGUUUGGCCCGGGUAGAGGAGCCAGAUGAGUCCCAGCACAUGACUCAAGAGGUGGUUACUCAAUAUUACCGGGCCCCUGAAAUCCUGAUGGGCAGCAGGCAUUACGGACGUCCAAUUGACAUUUGGUCCGUGGGCUGCAUUUUCGCCGAACUCCUUGGCAGGCGUAUCCUCUUUCAGGCCCAGAGCCCAAUUCAGCAGUUGGACCUGAUUACAGAUCUCCUGGGGACUCCUCCCAUUGGUGCCCUCCGUUCAGCCUGUGAGGGGGCCCGGGCCCACAUCCUGCGUGGCAGUCACAAGCCGCCAUCGUUGUCUGUCCUUUACAUGCUCUCUGGAGAAGCCACCCACGAAGCUGUGCAUUUGCUCUGCCGGAUGUUGAUCUUUGAUCCAGCCAAGCGGAUCUCGGCCAAGGAUGCCCUUUCUCAUCCUUACUUAGAUGAAGGGCGACUGAGAUACCACACCUGUAUGUGCACUUGCUGCUUUUCGGUCUCCUCCGGCCGCAUUUAUACCAGUGACUUUGAACCCCGGGCCAACCCCAAAUUUGACGGCUCUUACGAAAAGAACCUUGCUUCUGUCUGGCAGGUCAAAGAACUGGUGCACAGGUUUAUCUUGGAACAGCAGCAUGGGAAACGGGUCCCACUCUGCAUCAACCCCCAGUCAGCUGCCUUCAAAACCUUCAUCCGCUCCACAGCAUGGCAUUCUUCCAAGGUGUCCAGAAAGGAAGAGAGAUGAAGCUGCCCCUUGGAUGGUC